AUGGAAGGACUCCAGGUUGACAUAGAAACACAUUAUGCUGAGGUGGUUGUUGAAGUGGGAAAUAUUACUUUUGGGGAGGAGUUUAGAAAAAACAUGACUGAUAGUCAUUUGAAAAGGAUGCAGAAUUCUAAAAUCAUUCAAGCCAUAUGCGCACUGUUAAAUUCAGGUGGGGGAAUCAUCAAAGCUGAAAUUGAUAACAGAAGCUACAAUUACCGAUGUGAUGGAUUUGGUCAAGAUUUGGAAACAUCCUUUCAAAAGCUUCUGCCUUUGGCUUCACAGAACUUCCUUGACUUUCUGCAACACGACCACAAUCUUUUUAUUUUUGUGAAACCAUGGAUCAUGAAGGCUGUUGGCCCCCAAAUACGAAUUUGUAGCUUGUCCUCCAAUAUAUUCCAAAGAGAUGUGACUUGUACUGUCAACCUGACUGCCUGUAGGGCAUUAGAACUUCUAAAGGAGAAACAAUCUAGAAUCAAAAGAGGAAGGGAGAAUCUUCCAAUGUGGCAUCCCAAGAAAGUUCUUGUGAGUGAAAUUCAGGAAGAGGAAGACAUGAGGUUUUUUGCCUCUGAAUUUUUCAAAAAGGAUCAGCUUUUGUACAAGGAGAAACUCAACUUUACUGAGUCAACUCACGUUGAAUUGAAAAGAUUCACAACUAAGAAAAUUAUGCCUAGGAUAAAAGAUAUGUUGCCCCGUUAUGUUUCAGCAUUUGCAAAUACCAAAGGAGGAUACUUAAUUAUUGGGGUGGAUGAUAAGACCAAUGAAGUAUUUGGAUGCCAAAAAGAUAAAGUACAUCCUCUCCAACUUGAAAAGGAUAUAAAAUUCUGCAUAGAAAAACUGCCCAUCUUCCAUUUUUGCUCUGGGAAGCCAAACAUCAAUUUCACAACUAAAAUCAUUGAAGUAUAUGAUAAUGAUAGCCUAUAUGGUUAUGUCUGUGUAGUCAAAGUAGAGCCUAUCUGCUGUAUUGUCUUUGCAGAAGCCCCAGAUUCCUGGAUCAUAAGAAAUAACUUUGUUGAAAGACUGAAGACUGAGGAAUGGGUGUCCAGAUUAAUGGAUAUUCACCCAGCUCAUCCCGGUUUGGCUCAGGAUGAUGACCUUCCACUGGGCUUGUGGGAAACUGAUUCACUCAGAAGAUCAACAUGUUCAGAACAAGUCUGGCGUUAUAAGAAAACUCUGCAGCAAAGUUUGCUUUCAGUGACUUCUCCAGAGAUAGGAUUCAAGCCAGAAUCUCUUUGUGAGGAGUUAUUCUCAGAGCAUGAUGGACUAGAGAAGCUAAUGAAGAAGAUGACCCGUCACUUUUCUCAGGGGAUCUUGAUAUUUUCAAGGAGCUGGGCUAUUGACAUUGGCUUAAGAAAGGAUGACAGAGUCCUGUGUGAUGCUCUCCUUAUCGCAAUCAACAGUCCCCCAAUACUUUAUACCAUAGUCAGGGGCCCCAAUCAGAUGGAUGGGUUUGAAUAUUCCAGAUAUACUGCUCUCCAGCUAAAGCAGAAACUUACCAAUGUGGGGCGUUACACUGGAAAAGUGUGUGUCAUUCCCCAGUUGUUGCACCUGCCUGGCCCACCAAGUGGGAUCAUCCAAGUACAGGGCCAUUAUCCCCAGGCUUAUGUUCUUGCUACACAUUACGAAUUGGAAGACUUGCUGCAAUCACUUGUAAUAGUCUUGCUCUGCUUCACCUCUCUUUUGAGUGACCAGCUUGGGUGCCAAUUUGUAAGCCUACUUGCAGGUGACCAAUCUAAACUGCUCUCAGAAAGCCUCCAGGAAACCAGGGAGUUAUUCAUCCUUUGCUUACCAGGAACCAGGAAAACUGCCAUGGUCAUAAAAAUCUUGGAAGAGAUUAGGAACAUCUUUCACUGUGAAGCAAAAGAAAUUCUCUACCUUUGUGAAAAUGACUCCCUGAGAGAAUUUGUAAGUCAACAAAGUACCUGCCAAGCUGAGACCCGGAAAACUUUCAUGAGAACAGAGUUCCCAGAGAUUAAACACAUAGUAGUAGAUGAAGCUCAGAACUUCUGCAGUGAAGAUGGAGACUGGUACACAAAAGCUAAGAACAUCACUCACCCAAUAGAUGAGAAGGCAAGAAGGAAGAACCCUCACCAAGGCAUUUUGUGGCUCUUUGUAGACUCUUUUCAAGCAAGUCAUUCAAGAGUCAGUGGCCUUCCACUUCCUUUAAUGCAAUAUCCAAGAAAAAACUUCACUAGAGAGAUCUAUAAUGCCCAAGAAAUAGCAAUGGUCAUGAAACAAGAAAUGAAGAUGAUCAGAGAAAAUCAGCCCAGAAACAUGCCUCCUGAGUCAUUGGUAUUAUUUAGGGAAGAUCUGUAUGAAGAUGCUAUCCAUGCUUAUACUCUACCUGGAGUAUGUGAAAAAGAAAGAAAUCUGACCAAGGAAGAAAUGGCAAAUUGGGUGGCAAGAAGAUGUCAAAUUCUCUUCCAUAAUGGCUAUUCUCCUAAAGAUAUUGCUAUUUUAUACAGUAGGAAUGAGGACAGAGAACACUAUGAGCUUAUUCCUCAGAGGACGAUGAAAUCGAUCAGGACUCACAGGACAGCAGAAGUUGGAUUCAGCAGGGCAUCUGAUGUUUUGGGUAGCAAAAUCAUUCUAGACAGCAUUCAGCAGUUUUCAGGUCUGGAGAGGAAUAUUGUGUUUGGUCUCAUUUCAUUUUAUCCUGGACCUGAGGUUCCCCACAACCUCUUGCUCUGCUUUGCAUCAAAAGCUAUUAAACACCUAUAUCUGCUCUAUGAGAAGAAGGAGGGACUGUGA